CACACAAACCAAACACACAGCAAUAAUAUACAAUCAGCAUUCAGCUGGAGAGCUCAUAUUGAUUUUUCCGUUGUUGUUGAUUUUCAUUUGGAAUAGCAACAUCAACGCAUUUUGCGACCGAGUUAAAUUAAAUCACUUCCCUUUUUGUACAAAAAAAAAGUAAGUUUUUUGUAUGUUAAAUUGUUUUAUAGAAAUCAUACAGCAUUAGAGUUUAUAAAAUUAUUCGGAUUUUAAACGUUGCUUAAGAAAUAUCGAAAUCAGAAGAAAGGCAUCAUUAUUCUUUAGUGGUAAAUAAUCAAACAAAAAACAUGGCAUUGGAUUUUGCAGCAACAUACAAAGUGUUAGUUUUAGGUGAUUCAAAUGUGGGAAAAACAUGCAUCGUUCAUCGCUAUUGCGACGAAAGAUACUACGAUACUUACAUAUCAACCAUCGGUAUUGAUUUCAAGCAGAAGCUCAUCAACUUGGAUGGCGUGCCCAUAAAACUUCAAAUAUGGGACACAGCCGGUCAAGAGCGUUUUAGAACUUUAACCACUGCCUACUAUCGGGGCGCAAUGGGAAUUCUUUUAAUGUAUGAUGUGACAAACAUAGAAUCCUAUAAUAAUUUAUCCUAUUGGCUCAGAAAUAUUCAAGAGAAUGCUGCACCAGACGUAGUUAAAGUAUUGGCAGGGAAUAAGUGUGAGGCUCCAGUAACACAACGCGCUGUUGAUAAAGAAAGGGGCAUGAAGAUUGCAGAAAAUUUUGACAUACCAUUUUUCGAGGUGUCAUGCAAACAAAACAUAAACAUAGAAGAAGCGUUUAUAACAUUAGCCCGAAAAAUUCGCGAACAACGAGAGCAAAAUGGAAAUAAUUUCGAUGAUGAUGACAAACCAAAGAGCAAGCGAUCACCAGGUUCGAACGGUUUGGGACCAUUUACUUUAGGUUCAAAUGGCGAAAGUGGACGAUGUUCAUGUUGAACAGGCGAAUGUACUUAUACACAAAUACAUGCAGUUCUUCUGGUUAUUUUUUGGAAAAAAGAGCAACAAAAUAAUAAUUUGAACUUGGAUUGGAGCUGAUGACAUCACAAAUUAAUUUAUUUAUUUAUAUUUUAUCGGUUUUUCUAACCUCUUCAUAGCAUUUCAAUAGAAUAAUAGCGGGUACUAUCAAUAAUUGGAUCAAACGAAGAAAGGGAAGGGCCACAGUUCACAGCUGACACACAUUUUUUUUUGUCAACUGACCGUUGUACGCAAGUAUGGGGUUUUUCUGACAAUCCAAUCGCUUUUUCGCAUAAAAACCAUGUCAUGUAUAAUGGCCAUAAUGCCAAGACCUGUUAAAAUAUCUUUUUUGCUAACUUCUCGUACUGCCAUUUUUGUGUCAAAGCUACAAAAUGAAUGCUGCCGAGUAAUUUUGUCGAUAAUAUUUCCCCCAACUGUGAACUAAAAAUGAAAACAAAUAUGUCAACUUUAAACUGGCCCUAAAGGGAAAUUAAAACAGAUAAAAACAUACACACGAAACGUAAAAUAUGUAGAACUCUGUGAUAGCGUAUUGAUUGUAAUUCUUUCUAUAAUUGAUAGUUUUUGUUGUUUAUUUUUCUUUCAAUUUUGUAUUCGACACAAACGAAUAAUUUUGUUGAUGACUAUGAUAAUGACCAAGUGAUAUGUCAAUUGAUUUUAUGAAUAGAACAAAUUUCGCAUGACUCUAAGUGAAGACAAAUCCACGAUCAUAAAUAUGAUGGAAUGAACGAAAAAGAAAUAAAAUUACAAACCUCAAAUAAAGUUCUGAGGAAUAAAUAUUUUAAGUUACAUAAUAAAUAUGAUGAUAACGAUAAAUUAAAAAAGAAACCAAA